GAUUCCCAAAUCCGGGUGGAGAAACACCACUUCCACCAUCGUCCGUCCGUCCGGUCCGUCCGUCUAUCUGUCGCAAACGCACAGUCACGGGCACGGGCCGCUGCCGCUUUCCAGAUUAACAGUGUCCACGGUGUCAGGGAGAGGACCCUUCUCCGUCUCUUUUCCCCGUCAGACCGGCCUGUCCUCAGUCACGCCUGAAUUUAGAAAAGGUCCCCCCCAUAAUAUCCAGCCUCAUCGUGCCAGUUAUUGAUAUCAGAAAGCGAGUUGAUGCAAGGCCAUUCGCGCGGCGUUGUAGUUUUAUUUUUUUUCUCUCCUUUAAUUUCGAAAGUAUUUUUACCGUUGUUGUGCUGUGUCCCUUUCGUCAGGCGGUAUAAGGGCCCAAAGCAGCGGGGUCCUGAGUUGUGUGUCGUGGCCGCCUGAGGAGAGUAGCCGAGCGAGGAGAGUGGAGUGAAGUCGAGGGCCCGGUGCAGUGCAACAACAUGCCUGGACCUGCUGCAAGUGCAACAAAUGUCGGUGCCUCUAGCCGAUCACCCAGCAAAGCUGUUGCACCCCGCAAUGCUGGUGGUGGAUCCACAGUGAGGCAGAGAAAAGCUACAAGUAGUGCAGUGAGCCGUGCUGGUCGAACCACGUCGGCAGGUACUGGGGGUAUGUGGCGAUUCUACACAGAAGAUUCUCCUGGGCUUAAAGUUGGGCCUGUACCAGUGCUUGUUAUGAGCCUACUGUUCAUCGCUUCAGUAUUUAUGCUGCACAUCUGGGGAAAGUACACCCGAUCAUAGACAAGACUUCAGCUUCAACUUAAUGCUUUUGUUCGUUCUGGACCAAAUGCCUAUUUUUAUAGGAACUGAAUUUUGACGUAUUAAACCUCGCCUUCCGCUGAUGAAAAUUGAUGUGAAGAAUCUCUCAAUAGCAGGAAAUAACAGCUCGAUCCUUUUUCCCAGUUUUCAUGAAGAGACCAUGUGUUGGAUUUCUGAAAUCUUUGGAAGUUUCUUUCCUAUUUUUGUUUUACCUUUUUUUUAUUGUAAAACAACACACUAAUGUUCAGCAAUAAAAAAAAAGUUAUUACUUA